UCUGAGGGGGCGCCUUUCAAAGACGUCAGAUGAAAAGAAAAUAUCCUGUGUACAACCCCGUCAGCCGUCACUUUUGCCCUCUCAUUUGAUUCUCCGCUGCCUCUGUCCCAGCCCUCCAGCCCAGAUAAAAAGGAACCUCUUCUAAGGUGUUUCGCGAGGCAUUAUAAAACGGUUGCCAUGGAUACCCAGUCUGAACAGGCUCCACAUACAGGCUGCAGAAUAGGAAAUGACAGAUGCAAUAUUUCGCAUUUACAGAAUGAAAAAAAAGAAAGAACGAAAAAAAAAAUCUGUUUUCUCUCGUCAGCACACGCGCUGAUGGACCGUUGUGUUAAAAAUGCCAAAGAUCAAGACCCUAAAAAUAGGUCCGGCUGGGCUGUUUGUUGCGGUCCGUGCAGCAGCACUGGAGGGACUGUUUGCUUCUUGCUCCACAGAGUUUCUGCAAGAGUCUGCAGUUUGGUUCUCUUUCACCUGUAGGUCAUGGAAACUCUACCUCCCAUAACAAUGGACAGCAAAAGCACCAAUAUGGCUCAGUCGCAGCAAGAUGCCCGAUAACCUGCAAAGUGUGGACUGACCCACAGAGGAGGGAGCAUAUGUCAGGCUACACUUGAUGUCGGGCUCGGAUUGUGUUCACAAACUGAUUACGGAUUGGAUUCAAGAGCUGUAGAGGGAGAGUAAUCUCCUGCAUGAUACACUCUGCUGGGGGGGUUGGUGAGCAGCUGAUGUGAGUAUGGCUGCCGACUGGUGUGGUUUCUGGUUCAGAAUCACCGAAAUAUACCGAGAUGCUUACUCAGACAUCUGCGAGGUUGAGUGACAAGCCGUGCUGUCCAAUCGCCACCAUGAUAGCCACGGGUGGCCUGCUGCGCAUGAACAGGCGCCAGGACUCCCUCCGCUCUAAGAACAGGGCGGAAAACAAAAGGAAACGGAAAUCCAAGAAAAAGAAGAAGAACGACGUGGUGAUAGUGAAGGGGAAGCUCAAUCUGUGCUCCCCAGCUGGUUUCGUUGCUGGAGUUGGAGUUGUAGUUCUCAUGGUGGGGAUAUCCAUGGCUGUGCUGGGCUACUGGCCCAGCGAGAACCAGCUGCAGUACCAGGAGCGCCGCAGGACUGGAGCCUACCACCCCAACAGGAUGAACUACUCCAAGAGCCAGGCUGUUUCUGCUAACUUAACCCGUGAUAAGCCUCCCGCUGGCCAGACAAAUGUAUUCAACCAGAGCCAUUCUAACAGCAGCAUCCCCGGCCCCUCCCAAAACUGUGGCUUCCUGUGUGACUUCCUGGAUAAUUAUCUGUACUCAGACAAUCUGAAAGUCUUCGGACCGCUGGUGAUGGGUAUCGGCAUUUUCCUCUUCAUCUGCGCCAAUGCAGUCCUCCAUGAAAACAGAGACAAGAAGACCAAAAUCAUCAACCUUAGGGAUAUCUACUCCACAGUUAUAGAUCUCCACAGCAUUCGCUCAAAGGAGUACUCACCUCUUAAUGGUUUGGUGAACUACACCCAGUCGAAGAAUGCGGAAGGUCCGUCGGCUUCAUUCCCUGCAAGCGGGAUGCUUACUCGGAGCUCCUGGCCCUCCACCGGACUCGGUUUCCAGGGUGAGUUGGGUGCAGAUGAGGUGUUCAGACGCCAGUCGUUGGCCAGCAGGCCUCGGAGCUGGUCUAGAGAUGUCCAGACCUUCACGGACACUGUCUACAGCAUCUACAAAGACUACAGCAAUAGCGGCGAGCAGGCCCCACAGCCCCGACAGUGGGAGACCACCUCCAUCGUCACCUCCUCUGUGAACGCUUUUACCCUCCCUGUGAUCAAACUGAACAACUGUGAGGUGGAGGAGUCCGAGAGAGCGGAGGCGGAGGGGCACUCAGAGGAGGAGGUCGUUAUUGAGGCUGCUAAUGAAACCAUUGCUGAGGAAGGACAAGCCAGCACCGGCCAGACUGAUGAGACGGUCCCCAAAGAGAAGGACGCCUCAAUGGCAGAUUCCCCGUCGCCCCAUCAGAGCCAUGACAACAUCACCACAGACACAGCUUACCAACAGGGGGUGCCGCAGCCUCAGCCACAGCUGCAGUGGACCCAGCUGUUUCCUCCGUCACCUGUUGCGAGGGCAAUGGGGUCACGGCUGUCACUCAACUCCCUCACAGAUCAGCCCAGGUCUGCACGGCGCUGCAGCCUGUCUGUGACUGUGUGCCGUCAAGGCGACAGAGCCAGGCGCUUCAGCUACCCUCGCCUGGAGCGCUCCAACAGUAAGGGCUACAUCAAACUGACUGACCUGGGGGGCGAAUCCUUCGAAGCCCCCGACACAGACACUUCUUUAGUGGCGACUGAACAGGAAGUAGCAUCAGACGCAGCAUCAGGAGCAGCAGCGGCAGCAGAAGACGAAGCUCAGGGAGAGGGGGAUCUGGUGACACCCAGCACCUCUGCAGAAACCUAGACUAUUUUUCCUACCACCAGGGGGCGCUGGGGCUUUGCUGGCCGCGUCGUCAUCGUGGGCGUGCCCGUUUAG